AUGGCCAAAGGAAUCAUUGAACCCAAACAUGGCGGAUACGUCCCCGGUUCAGUUAUCCUGGACGAUCGCGCUGAGCAUUCCUCCGGAAGCGAACUCGACUUGUCUCAACUCAAACAUGCCAAGGGCAGAUACUCGCAUAUCAUCCUGAGCCCUCAGCCCUCUGACGACCCGAACGAUCCUCUGAACUGGCCCCAGUCGAAGAAGAUCAUGACCAUGGGCACAAUUCUGAUUUGUGGAAUUAUUUGUGCCGUUGUCAACGGGCCCCUUUUGGUUGCGGGCACAGUUGUCAUCGCUCAGGAUAUCGGAGUGUCCACCGCCGAUAUCUCGCUAUUGACAGGAGAGGCAUUGCUCGUGGCAGGAUGCUGGUGCGUUCCUGUUUCCAUUCUUUCCCGCAUUUGGGGAAAGCGGCCACAAUUCCUCUUUGCCGUGGCCAUCAACGUUGUCGGCGUCGUCAUAGCGAUUACCAGUUUUUCGAGAAAUAGCUUUGCCGUUCUCAGAGCUGGUCGAUUGAUUCAAGGUCUCUCCACCUCUGCCUUUGAAUCAGUCAUCUUUUCAGUCAUCGUCGAUCUCUUCUUCGUUCACGAGCGGGGCACCUGGAUCGCAGCCACCACUGUCGUUCUUGCCGGACUGUCAAAUCUGAGUCCUCUCAUUGCUGGCCAGAUAACCUUCAGAUUGGGCUGGCACUGGAACCUCUACAUCUAUCUCAUCUUCUCGGUCAUUGUCCUUGUUCUCAUGUUCUUCUUCGCCCCCGAAACAACAUACAAGCGUCACACUCGAGAUGCUACCUCUGCCCACCCUGACAGUCCCCGAAUCCAAGAUGAAAAGUUCGAGGUUGGUCACGAAGAGAGAGUUCAAGAAUCUUCAUUGGCAGGUCCAGUACAUGUCAAGAAGUCCUAUUCAUCCAGUCUCGCUGUCUUUACGGGGACGUACACGAAACCAAGUCGGGCCUUACACAUGCUCUGUCGACUUUUCCUUGUUCUCCUGAAUCCUGUCACCUGGUUUCUACUUGCCACGCAGGCUGGGAUAACUGCAUUUUGGGUUGCCGUGUCAUAUACCCUCGCUCAGAUUUACUCUCCGCCACCCUAUCUGCUUGAUGCGUCUCAAGUAGGGUUCAUGUUCGCGGGUCCUUUGGUCGGAGCCGUCAUCGGAUGUACCUUCAUGGUUUGGGCAGAUGAUAUGGUUGCUAUCUGGAUUUCUCGUCGCAACAACGGCAAAUACGAACCCGAGUUCCGUCUCCCCUUGUUGAUCAUUGCCCUCAUCAUGGCCCCUCUCGGCUUUUUUCUUAUGGGAUGGGCCGUGAAAGCCGAGGCAAGGCCAACGAUUGGAGCCGUGUUUUACGGCCUCGCUGCCAUUGGAGUCUGCGUGAGCAAUGCAGCAGGAAGCUCCUAUCUUUCUGACGCAUAUCCCGGCAUAGCCCUCGAGUCGUUUAUAUGGGCAUGCUGCGCCAAGAACCUACUCUUUUAUGGGUUUUCAAAAUUCAUCAAUGACUGGGUUACAAACCAAGGAGCCGAAGAGGUCUUCUAUACGCUUGGUGGGCUCUCUGCUGCGCUUAUUGUCGCAGGUUUGCCCAUGUACUUCUUAGGAAAGAAAACUCGGGACAUGUGGAAUCGUUGGGACCUACUGGGGAAAUUCGAGGCUUAGUGUAAAGUUGGUUUGAAAGCUCGCCUAGCUUGGCUCAUCCUGAUUGAUGCAACGGCAUGUGCGGGUCAAGGAAGAGAUUCACAGCCUUAAAACGAUCAUUAGGAGUGCUUCUUUGAGAUUAUGCUGCUUGGGAUCUUGAAAGGCGCUGAGCGUGGUAAAGGCAGAAUCUAAAUUUACUCUUCUUCUAAUCUAAGGGACGAAAUGUUUACGUAUU